UCCUCCUCUCUGCUGUCUGCGUCCUCCUCACGGUUAUCAGGCCGCGACACAGCCAGGACUAACUCAUCAGGGCCCAGCCGAGCCGAGCAAGGCCAACACACCCAGAGCCGAGCCGAGCCGAGCCCGGUGAACCCGAGAAAAGCAGACCCGGCGCGAGCCGAACCGGGAUAACGCAGUAAAUGCCGAACCGAACCGAGCUGGACUAACACACCCAGAGCCGAGCCGAGCCGAGCCAGACUAACACACCCAGAGCUGAGCCCAAUCCGAUCCUCCUGGACUAACACACCCAAAGCCGAGCCGAGCCGAUCUGAGCCACGCCAGAGCAUCUUGGAGAGCAUCAGAGGCAGUGUGCCCCAGCUCAGUCCGGUGGUUAUGGUUUUGGAGGGCAGCUCGGAGGCGUUGUGUCCCCCCCCAUCUCUGGAGCUGAGGCCGUCCUGCAAUAAGAGCCAGCCCUCUCCCCCGCUGGGCUCCAGCUCUCAGCCCCACGACGAAGUCUUCCUUGACGACAAGGAGCCUAUCAAGUACGGGGAGCUCAUUGUUUUAGGACACAAUGGCUCCCUGGCUAACGGAGAUAAAGGUCGUAGAAGAAGUCGUCUGGCUCUUUUUAAACGGCCAAAAGCAAAUGGAGUCAGACCUGAUGUCAUCCACAACGUGUCCACCCCCCUGGUGUCCAAGGCUCUCAGCAACAAAAGUCAGCACAGCAUCUCAUACACUCUGUCGAGGAGUCACUCUGUCAUCGUAGAAUAUACACACGACAACAACACGGACAUGUUCCAGAUUGGUCGGUCCACAGAGAGCAUGAUUGACUUCGUGGUCACAGAUACGGCGGGCAGUAGCAGUGGUGGGGGACAAGGUGGUGGUGCUGCUGGUGAAGGAGGGGGCGGAGCUCAGAGCACCAUCUCUCGUUAUGCCUGUCGUAUCAUGUGUGAGCGCAGCGCCCCCUACACCGCCAGGAUCUAUGCUGCUGGCUUUGACUCCUCCAAGAACAUCUUCCUUGGGGAGCGUGCUGCUAAAUGGCGGACGUCAGACGGGCUGAUGGACGGUCUGACCACUAACGGCGUGUUAGUAAUGCAUCCGGCGGGGGAAUUUGUGUGUGAGCCAGCGCCCGGCGUGUGGAGGGAAAUCUCCGUGUGUGGAAAUGUGUUUGCUCUAAGAGAGACUCGCUCCGCCCAGCAAAGAGGAAAACUGGUGGAGAACGAGUCAAACACGCUCCAGGACGGCUCCCUGAUUGACCUCUGUGGGGCGACAUUGUUGUGGCGGACGCCGUCUGGGCUCCGUCACACGCCCACCCUGAAGCAGCUGGAGUCGCUACGGCAGGAGCUGAACGCGGCCCGGCCUCAGUGUCCCGUAGGCUUCAACACGUUGGCCUUCCCAUCGCUGGCUCAGCGGGAGAUUGUGGACAAGAAGCAGCCUUGGGUCUACAUGAACUGCGGCCAUGUGCACGGGUACCACAACUGGGGCUACAGGAAGGAGAAGGGCCCUGCCGGCCCUGGGGGCACCGCCCCUCCCAGCACUGGAGAGAGGGAGUGCCCCAUGUGCCGCCGGGUCGGCCCCUAUGUGCCGCUGUGGCUGGGCUGUGAGGGGGGCCUUUAUCUGGAUGCGGGGCCUCCAACACAUGCUUUCUGCCCCUGUGGCCAUGUUUGCUCAGAGAAGACUGUGGGGGGGUGGAGCCAGAUCCCCUUACCCCAUGGUACGCACGCAUUCCAUGCCGCCUGCCCCUUCUGUGGCACCUGGUUGACGGGCGAGCAGGGCCAUAUCAAACUGAUCUUCCAGGGCCCAGUGGACUGAGAGCGGGGCCCAGGGGCUACAUAAAAGACUGCAAAGCUGCUGACUCAACAAUCGAGAAUUCAAACACCUGUACCAGAAACCUGUAAAUAAAUGUGUUGUCAUGGAAA